UGUAACCACUCAGAGAAUGGCGGGAAAAGAGGUGAGCUUUGGGAGGGAAAGCCAUUGAAGAUCUAUUUUUCACGGGCUCUUAUUGUUAUUCGUAGAGAAAAUUAACGACCCAAGUUUUUCCUUUUUUAAAAAAAUGACCCAAAUCGAAACCCUAGGAAUCAUCCAAGACAUCGAAACCCUCGUCUCCGAUCAACUUCAAGUGGUUUCCUACAAAUGGCUGAGUCGGAAUUACUUGGUGUCUUCCAAUGCUGCGAAGAGGUUACUCCAUGAGUUUGUUGAAAAACAUGGAAAUGGGUUGGAAGUGGUGUAUGUUUUGGCUGGCUGGUUGAAGAGCAAUCCUUUGAGCUACCAUAUAAGGCUUGUUUCUGGGCCUAAACUUGCAGAAGCAAAAGAAGAAUUUGAAGGCAACUGUUCAGUUGAGGUUUAUAGUGUGCAAGCUUGCAUCCCAAAGGAUCCAGCUGCAUUGUGGAAUGCUGAAUUUGUACAAGCAGAGGAGCUCUUCAAGCAGGCUCCAUCGGUUGAAAAUUGCUUGAGGGAUAACAGGUUUUGUGGGAUUUCCAAUUCCUUUGUUAAGCGUAAUGUGGAGGGAGCGCCAUUGAGCAUUGAAGCUCCACAACUUAAAACCAAAGCAGUCGUAGGGCCAUCUGAAAGCAGUUUAGCUCAUCAAAAUAUUGCAUUUCCAAAACAUGUCCAGAAUAAAGGACAACAAUCUAGCCCAAAAGUUGGUUUACAGGCUCCCAAUGUGGUAAAAGAUGUCAAAAGUGAAAGCAAUGGAACGGGAGCUUUUGAUCAGGCUAACAAACCACCAGCAGUCAAAGAUAAAGUUCCUCCUGUGCCUGCUAACAAAAAGAAAGUCCAAAAUGAUAAAAGCUCUUCUGCUUCUGGAGGUUCAUUGGCAAAUUUGUGGGGUCGUGCAUCUGUCAAGCCAAAGUCAAAUACUCUAUCAGAAAAUAAUAAUUCUAUUCCUAAUGAUACUGGAGCUAGUGCAGACGCUCAAGUUUGUGCCCAAGAAGCAGUAGCCAGUGUCAGCAGCGACGAUGAUGGUCACGAAGUCAAUUUCAAGAGAGCUUCCAAUGGGGAAGGCACUAGGAAAAGGAGGGUUGUCUUUGAUUUCUCAGAUGAUGAUGAAGAUGAAGAUGCAGUUAAUUUAGCAUCACCAGAUAAUCCAAAAGCGCAAUCAUGCCAAGAUCUGAAAGAAAGUAGCAAAGUUUUGGUUCCAGAGGGAACCAGUUUGAACUUUGACGAGCAGGUAGAAGAUAAACCCAAGGUAGAAGAUAAACCCAUGGUUAAGGAAGAGGUUUCAGUUGAUCGAAAAUCUAACCAAUCUUUCCGAGAAGAUUCUUCAGUUUCAGGCAUCAGCAAAGGGAUAAAUGCUGGGAUUAUCCUGAAAGAGAAGACACAUAGCUGUAUUCCCGAAAAAGAUCUUAACAAAAUGGAUAAACCGAACAACGCUGCUUCAAGUUCACCUAAAAGAAGAAAAGUUUUGAAGACAGUGAUUGAUGAACGUGGAAGAGAAGUGACUGAGGUAAUCUGGGAGGGUGAGGAGACAGAAGCAAAGAAAGCCGACACUAGUAUAACUAAGAAAGCUGAUAAAACAGUUGCCAGUGCUGUCAACAGGCCUCCUGCAGCUAAGAAGUCAGUGGUAAACACUGCUCCAACAAAUGGCAAAGCAGGAAGCAAAAAGGGUGGAAACAAGGACCCUAAGCAAGGCAAUAUUCUUUCAUUCUUCAAGAAGGCCUAAGCCCUUUUUCAAACCCCAAGUAUCCCUGCAGCAGUGUUUGAUUAUAAUGGUUCUUACAUCUUGUUAUAUUUUCAAAGAUGACAGAGAGAAGAGUGUUUGCUUUUCUUCUCUGCUGCUAAUCGAGGGCUCGAAUGUGUAUAUUCUCU